UUGCGCUGUCGUCAACUGCGCACUUCCGACAUGCAAUCAUAUAAAAGGAAGUGGUGCACAGCUGAAAGAUUCUCGAGUGAUCUCUGAUCUGUCACUUUCAAGUGCAAUACGCAAAACGUGUACUUCUUGAAAGAAAUAAAUUUCUUUUUUAGUCAUCUUCGGUGUCAGUUGAACAAAUGCGUUGGCAGGACGCAAAAAGCCUGCCUUCAAAUUUUCUACCGCCGUGGAAAAAAUAAUGUUUUUUUUUAACUUGGAGCAAUAACCGUGGAGAUAAUUAUCGGUUUUUGUGAUCGGACGAAGCGCAUUCCCUGUGUCGCCAGCAAGACGAAAUAGUAUUUCGUAAACACAUAAUCUUUCUCAAGGAACUCAAGGAAUUUCCUACGGUUAACCAUGGCGUUCACGAAUGUCUUGCUGCUCAGUCAGAUUGCAGGAUACGUUGUAGCUCUGAUUCUGUCUCUAUGCAUUGUUGUUCCUAUGAGUCUUCACCAGGAUGAAUUCCGAGGUCAUUGUCUGCUCUUCUCGACAGGCAUUUGGCAAGAGACCGAUGGUCAAUUCGUCGUAAAUUGGUCAUCACGUAUUUACUGCAAUUAUACAAUAUUCGUGGGUCUUGUAUUAUUUUUGACUGCUGUGGUACAGAUUUAUCGCCUCUCAAUGUUGAUGUACAGAGGAGAAGACAGUUCAUUCCUUUCUGCUUUCAUGGAUGUUGUCAGUUCAAUAUUUUUGACAGGGAUGACCCUCGUUGCGGCAGUUUUGAUAACUCUGGGUUUCAUGACCUGGUGUCAAUGCAUGACCAAAAGAUUUCCAUCCUGCGAAUUAGCAGCGGGCAAUGAUAUCGACAAAACUGAUAACAUUGACACUUCCGGAUUUCAUAUUGAACUCGGGGCUGCACAAUUCGGUGCAUGGAGUAGCCUCUCCAUAUGGGUUGGCCUUUCAGUUUUUGCUGUUCUCAAAGUUCUCAGAUAUCAUCAACUCGAAAACAUGAAAGUAUCCAUGUACACAGAGCGACAAAGAUUAAUAGAAGCCACUAAUGCCAAUCAGCAGGCAGAAACGAGUUAGAGUCAGGAUCACAAUUUAUAUGCUCUAUUCCAUUGAUUCAGCCGACAUCAAAGUUUGCGUCAUUGGUAUGCAACCAAAAUUUUUGGCUACUUUUCAGUCAUUCACAUUGAGCUAUUCUCUUCCUUCUGUACAUUGAAUUUGAAAAACGGUUCGUACAAUGUUUCAAACUGUUCAAUGAGUUUUCCUAGUCUCAGACUUGUGUAUAAUAAUGAAAUAAUACGAGUUUCUUUCCAUCCCAGCGAUGAAGAAUCAAAUGUCACUGAUUUACAGAAGGAAGAUUCUAAGUAAUGCUCAAAAAAUUAGUCCACCACAUUUUUUUUCGUUUUAAAUCUGGUUUUUAUUUUGUUUAAAAAACUCAAUUUUUUGAAAUUAUUUUCACGAUACAAAUGAGUGUGUUUUCGAACGCUGUAUAAUGGACGAUUCGACCAAAGAUUUGAAAAUCGAGUCCCCCUCUUAUAGAAAUUGUUUCUUCCCACUUAUUAAUUCACUCUUAUGGGAAUAUUUACCAGUACCAAUAAGGUUCUGUAUCUCGAAACGAACCAAUAUUUAAUUGUAAUUAAUACUAUAACGCAAGUAUUAAGUGUCAAAUUUAUUACCCUCUGAGUAAGAAGCAUACUAUUAUUGCAAAGUGUGAGUGUGCGAAUGUGCGAUUGGGCGAUUGCACGGAAUGUGGAUUUGGGAGUGUGCACUCCUUCGAUAUUCGCAAAUACGAUAUGUAACCUUUACAUAUCAGAGAUAAAUUAUCGGAACUCGUCGAAAAAUCAAUUGUUAUAAAGCGUCGUUUUGAAAGUUUCUCUUUAUUUUUGUAAUCUCGAGGAAGUCAUUAUGUUCCCUAUCCAAAAAUGAUUUUAAAAAAAUUGGAGACCACUGAAAAAAAAUAGAAGGGAAUAUUUGCUGCGUUCGAACGAUACAACAAUUAACUUGAAAAUUCAAAGCAAAAUGUAGAGAUUUCUAUUUAAUCGCUCGGAUAAUUACUUUUGUUUUCAAAACAUCAUACAUAUCUGUAUUUUUACACCUCCAACCCCUCAUAGAUGCGAUCACGAAAAAAUCUCGUAAGACUUUGAAAAUUAUUAUUCUAUUGUGAGAAAGGAAAAUCAUGAAAUGUAAUUCUCUUGAUAAUACGAAGCGAUCUGGAAUUGUUGCAUCACGUAUAUGUAUAUACUCACUUUACUUUGAAGCUUAAAAUACUUUUGUAAAUAUAUACGUUGUUUUACACAAUUAUAUAAACAAUGAAUUUCGUCAAGUUUUUAGAAUAAUAUUCCACGAUUAUUGGAGUAAAAAAUCACAGAGACGUCAAAUUUGUUGCACUGGAUCUAAUUUUGUUUUUCAUUAAAAAAUCCAGAUUUAUUCGUAAACUGUGAAAAGAAUGUAUUAUUAAUGUAUAAAAAUAUUUGUUGAUAUUAUGUAGAACAUUUUUUAAAUCCAUUAGCCAAAUGAUAGUGUCUUCUGGCGUUCGAACAGAAAUAAAGAUAUUUUUCGGUUAAAUAUCAA